AUGGCGCUGACGGCCGUCAAGGCAGCGAUGGCGAUGUCGCGCCGACAGCGCUACGAGAGCAUGCAGAACCACGUGCACAGCACGAUCUUCGGCAGCCUCGACCUGUCCGAGGCCGAGGAUCUACUGCUGCAGGCGGCGGCGACAGGUAACGUCGGCGAGGUAAGGCGCGUGCUCGCCGACUACCCGCUCGCCAACAUCAACUGCGUCGACUACUUGGGCCGUAACGCGCUGCAGCUGGCCGUGCUCGGCGAACACCUGGACGUGAUCGGUCACCUGCUGCCCAAGUCGAACCUGCAGUGCAUCGGCGAUACGCUGCUGUUCGCCAUCUCGAAGGGCAACGUGAGAAUCUGCGAGAUGGUUCUCGAGUUCUCCGGUAAGAACAGUCGGGUCUGGGCGCAGCUGAUCGGCAACGACACGUUCUUUCAGCGCAGCGUCGCCGGCCACCACCCGUUCUUCUCGCCAGAUGUCACUCCGAUCAUACUCGCCGCGCAGCACAACAACUUCAAGAUAGUUCAGCUGUUUCUCACGAACGGCGCCAGCAUCGCCUGGCCGCACGACUACAACUGCGACUGCCGGGACUGCACGAAUCAGCGCACAUUCGACUCGGUGAAGCACAGUCGCUCGCGUCUUAACUCCUUUCGGGGACUCGCGAGCGCCGCCUACCUGAGCUUGUCGACGAGCGACCCCAUUCGGCAGGCGUUCGAACUAAGCAACCAGCUGCAUCAGCUGUCGACCAUUGAGAAGGAGUACAGAGCCGAGUACCUUCAGCUGAGCAACCAGUGCAAGGACUACGCCGUCGAGUUACUCGCCCUCUGUCGGAGCACGGAAGAAGUGCUGGGCGUGCUGGACGGCGACGGACCGGCGAUGCCGACGCCGCAGCCGACAGACACGUCAUCGAGUCGCGAUGACGUCGCCGAGCAGCAAUUCGGCGCGGAGGACUACAGCGACGCCUUCUGGCGGGGGAAUAAGCUCAAGGUCGUCAAGAUGGCUAUCAAGUACGAACAGAAGAAGGUGAGGGGGAAAGACGAUGACGUGUUUUAG